CGGCUCCUCCUUCUCCCGGCGCCGGCGCCGCUUUCUGGAAGCUUCGUGAAGGCGGUGGGCGCUUACGGUUGGUCGCUGGUCAGCCGCAAUCCGCGUCCAUCCGUCCUUCCCAAGCUCACGCAGACCCAUAUACGGUUGCCAUGCCCGAGAACGUAGCCCCCCGGACCGGGCCGCCCGCCGGGGCUGCCGGGGCUGCCGGCGGCCGCGGGAAGAGCGCCUAUCAGGACCGCGAUAAGCCGGCCCAGAUCCGCUUCAGCAACAUCUCCGCAGCCAAAGCUGUUGCUGAUGCUAUUAGAACAAGCCUCGGACCAAAAGGAAUGGAUAAAAUGAUUCAAGAUGGAAAAGGUGAUGUGACCAUUACAAAUGAUGGUGCCACCAUUCUGAAACAAAUGCAGGUGUUACAUCCAGCAGCCAGAAUGCUGGUGGAGCUGUCCAAGGCUCAGGAUAUAGAAGCAGGAGAUGGCACCACAUCAGUGGUCAUUAUUGCUGGCUCUCUCUUGGAUUCCUGUACCAAGCUUCUUCAGAAAGGGAUUCAUCCCACCAUCAUUUCUGAGUCAUUCCAGAAGGCUUUGGAAAAGGGCAUUGAAAUCUUGACUGACAUGUCUCGACCUGUGGAACUGAGUGACAGAGAAACUUUGUUAAAUAGUGCGGCCACUUCAUUGAACUCAAAGGUUGUGUCUCAGUAUUCAAGUCUCCUUUCUCCAAUGAGUGUAGAUGCGGUGAUGAAAGUGAUUGACCCAGCCACAGCUACUAGUGUAGAUCUUAGAGAUAUUAAAAUAGUUAAGAAGCUUGGUGGGACAAUUGAUGACUGUGAGUUGGUGGAAGGUCUGGUUCUUACUCAAAAGGUAGCAAAUUCUGGCAUAACCAGAGUUGAAAAGGCUAAGAUUGGGCUUAUUCAGUUCUGCUUAUCUGCUCCCAAAACAGAUAUGGACAAUCAAAUAGUGGUUUCUGACUAUGUUCAGAUGGAUCGAGUGCUAAGAGAAGAGAGAGCUUAUAUUCUAAAUUUAGUGAAGCAAAUUAAAAAAACAGGAUGUAAUGUUCUUCUCAUACAGAAGUCUAUUCUAAGAGAUGCUCUUAGUGAUCUUGCAUUACAUUUCCUGAACAAAAUGAAGAUUAUGGUGGUAAAGGAUAUUGAAAGAGAAGACAUUGAAUUCAUUUGUAAGACGAUUGGAACCAAACCAGUUGCUCAUGUUGACCAGUUCACUGCUGACAUGCUGGGAUCUGCCGAAUUAGCUGAGGAGGUCAGCUUAAAUGGUUCUGGCAAACUGAUCAAGAUUACAGGCUGUGCAAGCCCUGGAAAAACAGUUACAAUUGUUGUUCGUGGUUCUAACAAAUUGGUGAUUGAAGAAGCUGAGCGUUCCAUCCAUGAUGCUCUCUGCGUUAUUCGCUGUUUAGUGAAGAAGAGAGCCCUUAUUGCAGGAGGUGGUGCUCCAGAAAUAGAGUUGGCCCUACGGUUAACUGAAUACUCACGAACAUUGAGUGGUAUGGAAUCCUACUGCAUUCGUGCUUUUGCAGAUGCUAUGGAAGUCAUUCCAUCUACACUAGCUGAAAACGCUGGCCUGAAUCCCAUUUCUACUGUAACAGAACUAAGAAACCGGCAUGCCCAAGGAGAAAAAACUACAGGCAUUAAUGUCCGAAAGGGUGGCAUUUCCAACAUACUGGAGGAACUGGUUGUCCAGCCUCUGCUGGUGUCAGUCAGUGCGCUGACUCUGGCAACUGAAACUGUCCGGAGCAUUCUGAAAAUUGAUGAUGUGGUAAACACUCGGUAAUCUGGUUAACACUGACUGACUGGCAGGAUCAUGGCCACUAAUGGUGCAGCUGGAGUGAAAGAGCACCUUGGCAUUCCUUGUUGUUUCGAAGAUUGUUUCUUUUAUGAAUUUCUGGGCCUGGUCUUCCAGUUGGCAUUUGCUUGAAAUUGUAUUGACACAGUUUAAUGAAAAUAUUAAAUAUAUGGUUUCAAAAAGCAGGUUAAUUUAUUGCUGUCCACUCUGCAUUAUUCCCACUCUCUCCCAACAUUCUGUUACUUCUGAUUCACUUGAGAAAUCUGUGUGAGGAGGGAAAAAAGGAGUUAACAUUUGUCUGCUAAAUUCUUAAGGACUUAAUGCUGGGUACUUUUAAGUUUUAUGUUAGAUUGUGGUUUUUGUUGUUUUUCUCCUUUUCAGCUGCGUGGCAUGUGGGAUCUUGCUUCCCCGACCAGGGAUCAAACCCACACCCCCUGCAUGGGCAGCACAGAAUCUUAAACACUGGACUGCCAGGGAAGUCUCCAGUUUUGUGUUUUUUAAUAGAAAUAUUGAGAAGGAAUAAUGGCCCAAUAGGCUCAUUACCCUGAUAAACCCCCAUUUUCAGUAAUAUAUAUGCUGUUUGAAAAGUUAACAGUAUAGAAAGAGUGAAAAAUGAACGUCUUUCUCAUUCUUACCCCUUUUUCCAAGAACAACCACUGUUGUGUUAAUUGGGAUUCCUUCUAAAAAUAAAAAUAUGCAUAUAUGUAACAAA